AAACCUUUAUAAAUAAUCUCUUUCAAACUCCUACCAUUAUUGACUUGGCUCUCUUUCUCCAAGAAGCAAAAGCUCUCUCUUACUUCACUAAUUAAAAACUCUUGUGUCCUAACCAAUCCGGUGCUGGAGUAACACAAAUGGCGGAGGUGUCACCACUUUGGCUGCGACAUACUCUCUACGUGGGGGCUCUUCACCCGGAAACCACCGCAGCUGACCUCGAGGCUGGAUUUUCUGUGAUUGGCCCAUUGGAUUCCUUCGGGAUUCGCAAAGACGUCGUGUCUGGGAAAUCUCUUUGUUAUGCUUUCGUCAACUUCACCUGUAUCUCUCACGCUUCAAAGGCUCUGGCAUGCCUAAACCAUAGAACCCUGAGAGGAAAGCCAAUAAGGAUUAUGUGGUGGCAAAGGGAAUCAGAGUUAAGAAAAUCUGGGAUUGGGAAUGUUUUUGUCAAGAACCUUGCUCCUUCGGUCACCAAUGCUCAAUUAGAGAGCGUGUUUAGCAAAUAUGGCAUAAUACUGUCCUGCAAAGUCGUCGAGGAGAAAAAUGGAAAGAGCAAAUGUUUUGGAUAUGUUCAGUUUGAAACACAUAAUUCAGCCAUUUCUGCUUUCAAUUCCCUCCAUGGAGCAGUGUUUGAAGGGAAGAAGUUGUAAGUUGCCUACUCCCUUUUUACUACCUGACAAUUAUUGACA